GAUAGGAGGAAGAAGAAAAACACAACGAGAAGUUUAUGCUCAAUAUUUGUAGUAUAUAUUCGGUGUAUUUGCUGCUGUUGUUCCAAUUUAAGCAGAAAUGGAUACACAGUCGUAUCUUCCCGUACAGCCUGGGGUUGGGAUGGAGGAGAAUUUCCUGUCUCUCGACGAUAUUUUGCUCUCUCAUGACAGACUUCCCAUCCGGACAGAAUGCAGUUUCCCACGUCUUGGAUUCCUGGAGAAGUCUAGUGACACUCAGGACAUAGCGGAGGGUACAAAGAUGGAGCUUCCUCUGUGGUUGUCCAAGGGUCUGUAUGAGAGAAAGAGGAGGGUGGUGUCAGUGGAGCUUCCUAAAGUGUACAGACAGGGCUGGAGGACCGUGUUCAACGCUGACCCAAACGUGGUGGAUCUGCAUAAGAUGGGGCCCUACUACUACAGCCUGGGAUCCCAGAUGCUACACUUUGAUAGCCCAGAGAAUCCAGAUAUUGCGCAGACGCUGCUGCAGACAUUCAUUGGCCGGUUCAGACGGACAAUGGACUCUUCCCAGAAUGCCUACAAUGAGGACACAUCUGCACUGGUGGAGCGUCUGGACUGUCUGGAGAAAGGUCUGUUCAGGUCCGGACAAAGUGGACUCAAUGGUUUCCAGAGCUGGGAGAAGGGUCAGGCCACACAGCUCACUGCCUCCAGUCUGGUUCUCAACUACCGCAAGAGGAAGAUCACAGAUGUACAGCCCUGACCCCGACCUGCAGUUAACAGAUGACAGACGCUGCUCAGACUCUGGUCAGGGCUUCAGAGCAGCAGCAGACUCUGACUGACUUGUGUUUUCUUUGCCCAUGGACAA